AUGACAAUUCCCUUCCUUCUCCUUCACCUCCUCUUCACCCUCCCAGCCACCGCCACCGCCGCCACCACUCUCCCCGGCUGCCCCACCCACUGCGGCAACCUCACCAUACCCUUCCCCUUCGGCACCCAGCCCGGCUGCCACCUUCCCGGAUUCCUCCUAACCUGCAACACCACUUUCUCCCCGCCCCGCACUUUCAUCAGCACAGGAAACAUCCAACUGACCUCCCUUUCCCUCACCGCCUCCACCGCUACAAUCCUCACCCUCAUCGCCCGCGACUGCUAUACCCCUCUUGCCCUUGCACCGAACAUCCCAACCAUCUGGCUCGACAUAACCGGCCUUCCCUACGCCAUCUCCAACACCCGCAAUAAAUUCACCGCGCUCGGCUGCGGCACUCUCGCCCUCAACUACCGUAAAGGACAAUCCGAUCUCUAUUACACCACCGGCUGCGUUUCCUUCUGCAACGAACUAAGCAGCGUUAUAAACGGUACGUGCUCUGGCAUCGGCUGUUGCCAGACGGCCAUCCCGCGCGGCCUACAGAGAAUCGAGACCAUUUUACAAAUAGUUAAGAACCACAGCAACACCUGGAGUUUUAGUCCCUGUAGCUACGCCUUUCUUGUAGAUCAGGAUCAGUAUGUGUUCAAGGAGUCGGAUUUGGAGGAUUUUUAUAUGAGGGAUCGGGUGCCGGCGGUGCUUGAUUGGGCGGUGGGAAAUAAUGAGACGUGUGAAGCAGCGGCGACCAACUCGGCGAGCUAUUUGUGUGGAGCCAAUACUUACUGUAGUAAUUCUACUAGCGCUGCGGGGUAUCGUUGUGGCUGUCUGAGUGGGUAUGCCGGCAAUCCUUACCUCGCUAAUGGCUGCCAAGAUAUAAAUGAGUGCGAGGAUGCGGAUACAAAUCCUUGCUCGGAUAUAUGCGAGAACACGCAAGGGAGCUUUGUUUGCUCUUGCCCGCACGGAUAUACUGGAGAUGGAAAGAAGAGUGGAAGCGGCUGUAACAAGCAGACGACCAAGUUUCCUUUCGUUCAAGUGGUCGCAGGCUGUGGGCUGGGCUUGCUCUUGCUCCUCCUCGCCUUCUUCAUUCUAUACUAUCUUCUAAAAAAGCGAAGAAUGCUCCAUCUCAAAGAAAAGUUCUUCAGACAAAACGGUGGCCUUCUCCUUCAACAACAGCUAUCCGCUCACGAAGGCCUCGCCGAAACGGCCCGCAUCUUCACCGCCGAAGAGCUGAAACGCGCCACAGAUAACUACGCCGAUAGCCGCAUUCUCGGCCACGGCGGCAACGGCACUGUCUACAAAGGCAUAUUACACGACACCGGCCGAGUCGUCGCCAUAAAAAAAUCGCAUCUUGUGGAAGCCACGCAGAUCGAACAGUUUAUUAACGAGGUCGUGCUUCUAUCUCAAGUUAUACAUAAGAACGUGGUUCGGAUUCUCGGCUGUUGCUUGGAGACGCAGGUGCCUCUUUUAGUCUAUGAAUAUGUUCCUAAUGGGACUUUGGAUUCUCACCUUCAUGGACGGGUGGGUUCGCUGCCAUGGGUGGAGAGGCUGAGGAUCGCCGGAGAGACGGCGGGGGCUUUGGCGUAUCUUCACUCGGCCAUUGCGCGGCCGAUUUUUCAUCGGGAUGUCAAGGCGGCUAAUAUCUUGCUGGACAAUAACUACAUGGCUAAGGUGUCGGACUUCGGCGCAUCGAGGCUUAUACCACUCGACCGCGCACAGAUAACCACAUUGGUAAUCGGCACGCUCGGAUAUCUCGACCCAGAAUACUUUCACACAGGUCAGCUAACAGAAAAAAGCGACGUCUACAGCUUCGGCGUCAUCCUCGCCGAAAUGAUUACCGGUCAGAGGCCGCUUUCCAACGAAAGACCGCAGUCGGAGAUGAAUUUAGCGAUAUAUUUUCUUUUAAAAAUGAAUGACGGGAAAUUGCAGGAGAUCCUUGAACAGAGAGUGAAGAAUGAGGGGAAAAGAGAACAUGUCGAAGCCAUUGCGGAGCUCGCCAGAAGGUGUUUGAAGCUGAAGGGAGAAGAGAGGCCGACAAUGAGAGAGGUGUCUGCGGAGAUCGAGAGAGUUCGGAGGCCGGUAAACAAUGAUGUGCGGGCAACAGCAGCGUCGUUGUCGGCAGCGGCGGCGGCCGAGGAGGACGGGGAGGAGGAGGAGCAUAGGUUGUUGAGAGGAGUAGAGAGUAAUGAAACAAUGGAAGAGUUGUCGCAGUCAACGAGAUUUUAUUCGAGUCGGUUUACAAGAGUGGUGUCGUUGGAGACGGAGUCGCCGACGGAGGAGACGAGGUAUUUUCCUGCUUCGGCAACUGGAGAUGAGAGUUUAGACCAGCAUAUUUUGUGGUCUUUGGAGAUGCAGAGGUGA